AUGAAGCAUCUCACUGUGUCUGAUGGAUCUUCAUCUCCGGCUGAGAGGAUGUGCUGGAGUUUGGUUUUGGUGCAGUUUCUGGCGGUGCUGGCGCUGGGGAUCCUCUCAAGCCCCAGGGCUGCUUCCUUUGCCAGGUGUCCAUGUCCAUCCCUGAAUCUGUGCCACCGUCUUCCCGCUGACCAUCAGUACCAAGUCGAGGUGAUCAUGUUUGAUCAAGGAGGAACGAAUUGGCAACAUUAUGACUGGUCGAAGAUCACCACAGUUGUUGUCAGUGAUGAUUUUGAUACAAACAUUGUAUGUGAAGCUCAUCAAAAUAAGGCUCGAGUGAUCCUACAAGCAAAGCUAAGCCUUGACAUAUUGUCCAAUCAAAAUCAGAGGAAGAAAUGGAUCAGUCGCUAUGCUUCUGACGUAAAACAAUUUUUUAUGGAUGGCAUCAAUUUGGAUGUGACGUUCAUGAUUGACAACGAAUCUAUAUUUUACAAUGAUCUAACCAGAAUGGUUAGGGAUACUGUCCAAACAUUCCACAAAGAAAUACCAGGAUCCCAGGUUUCAUUUAAUGCGCCCUGGUCUCCUUGCAAGAAUAACCGAUGUUAUGAUUUUGUGGAAAUUGCAAAUGCCUGUGACCUUUUAAUAGUGGCAUCGUUUGAUGUGCAGAGCUUCAUGAUGGAUGAAUGCUUUGCAAAAGCAAAUGCUCCCUAUGUUGAGGUUUUUACAGGUCUGUUAAAUUAUAUUAGGCUCGGUAUUGAUUCCAAAAAGCUGAUAAUGGGAGUUCCAUGGUUUGGUUAUGACUAUCUCUGUGAGCAGUACUUUGAGGACCCAGGUGAAAAAUACCAUGAGGUCUGGUAUGAUGACCCAGAGAGCAUUUCACUGAAAUCAUCUAUCCUGAAGAAGCUAAAACUCCGUGGCAUUAGUAUGUCGUCAGGAAAUUAUCUAAACUACAGUACGGAUCCAUUAGCAGCAAUGCAAACCGAACAAAUGUGGAAUGCUCUCUGCCCUUUCUGA